CUUGUCAGAGAUAACACAAGACGUCAAGUUCUUGGGUCGUGGUCUAGAUGAGUAUAUAAAGCAGUGCGGCGACGUACAGGGUACAGUUGUAACUUACGACCGUCUUUAGAACGACUCUGCUGUUUUUUUCGUCAUGGCUCUCUCUGUGCUCACUUUGCUUGCAGCCAUCUGCAUUGUCGCAAAUGCGCAGUACGGCGUAAGUACUUCGACACUUGACCAUACAUAUGCUCAAGGUCUUCGUCAUUUAACUGUAAAUAAGUAAUUCAUCAUUAGACUCUACAUAAGUGCUUCAGCAUUUGACUAUACAUAAGUACUUCAUCAUUAGACUCUACAUAAGUGCUUCAUCAUUAGACUCUACAUAGUGCUUCAGCAUUUGACUAUACAUAAGUACUUCAUCAUUAGACUCUACAUAAGUGCUUCAUCAUUAGACUCUACAUAAGUGCUUCAGCAUUUGACUAUACAUAAGUGCUUCAUCUUUUGACUCUACAUAAGUACUUCAUCAUUAGACUCUACAUAAGUGCUUCAGCAUUUGACUAUACAUAAGUACUUCAUCAUUUGACUAUACAUAAGUACUUCAUCAUUUGUCUAUACAUAAGUACUUCAUCAUUUGACUAUACAUAAGUACUUCUUUAUCAUUUGACUAUACAUAAGUACUUCAUCAUUAGACUCUACAUAAGUGCUUUAGCAUUUGACUAUACAUAAGUACUUCUUUAUCAUUUGACUAUACAUAAGUACUUCAUCAUUGGACUCUACAUAAGUGCUUCACCCUUUAAGUAUACAAAACGUUCUUCAUCAUUUAAAUUUAGAGAAGUAGUUCAUAAUUUAACUACAUAAUGUGCAUGUAUAAGUACUUCAUCCCAUAUACGUGACAAUGCGUCGUCCCUUAAAUGUGUGUGAUUAUUUUUAUUUUUUUAAGUCAGCACACCCAUUUUUAAAAAUCAGAAACUAUUCAUCAGAAAUUGUGCCUCUUUGAACAGUUCACUAGAUUAAUUUUCAACUGUUACGGAGAAAUACCUUUUUCAAAACUCAAUUGCAGUAUAGAUGUACUCAUGGGCCAUAAGAUUAUCCGCCCCUGAGCAUUCUCAACAUUGAAAAAAUGAUAGAUUUAGUGGGGGUGAAUCUGGGUUGAUUAAAAUGAACUAUCAGCGAGGCUAGAAUAUAAUGGUGUAGACUCAUUGUAAGGAUGUCACAGUUUUGUUUCCGAAUCAUCGAAAUAAAUCCGGAACAGAAAGUUUGAUAAGCAGACAUCUUUAGUGCUUCAGAGUACGGUUGAUAUUAUCAACAAAAAGAAAACAUUUAAAGUAGUAAAUUUCACGUAUUUCUAGACUCAUUGAUAUUACAUAUUUAAAAAAAACUAUGACACUAUGAUGACGAUAAUAUCUAAGAAGCGAUUAAGUUUGGGUUUUUUCUUAAUAUUUUAAAUAUAUUUUUAAAAAGAAGUACAGCUAUUGCAAGGGAUUUAAGAAUUCGAAUGGCGUUGGGGCGCCUUUUGUUGGUUAAGUCCGGCCAUGGCGCAAACACUUCAAAAUGGUUUCAAUUUUUUUUCCCCCUCAUCAUACUUACAUAACUUCUCGCAAGAGGGAAAUCCUGUUUGUAUUUUCAGAUUAGAAGUUAAUGCCCGGCACUGAUCUCAAUAAUAAUCUUAGGGAUUUUUCAACUUAUUAAAUGACAUGAGAUCCGAUCUGAAAUUGAAAUAUUUUAAUUUAAACACUGGAAACAAAAAGUGAUGCUUUGCAUGACUGGAAGCUUGUUUUAAACAUAAGAGGAGUGGGGAGGGUAUUAAUUUUACAAACACUUGCUACGGAUAAAUCACAUCAUUUUAAUUAAGUUAUAUUUUUAGACGAUCUCAUUAUAAUUUAUUUUUGUAUACAUCGAUCAUCUUUCAGUACCCCGCUGUAGAUUCAUACAAGGCAAAAGACACGAACAGUUACCAGAGAAAGCCUUUAAACUACCCAAGCAAACCGUCUCUUUACCCAAGCAGCCCGUCUGUUUACCCAAGCAACCCAUCUGUUUACCCAAGUAAACCAUCUGUCUAUCCCAACACCCCAUCAGUUUAUCCAAGCAGUCCAUCAGUUUACCCCAGCAACCCAUCAGUUUACCCAAGCAACCCAUCAGUUUACCCCAGCAACCCAUCAGUUUACCCCAGCAACCCAUCUGUUUACCCAAGCAUCCCAUCAGUUUACCCAAGUAACCCAUCAGUUUACCCAAGCAGCCCAUCAGUUUACCCCAAGAACCCAUCUGUUAACCCAAGCAGACCAUCAAGCUAUGAUAAAGAACCUCGAAUUGAUUACGCUAAUAGAAACCCAAGUUAUUUAAAGUCUUUAUCAAAUUAUGUUGAAGAGGAUGAAAGUACUACUAAAUCGACUUUAGUGUAUCCAAGCAACCCAUCAGUUUACCCAAGCAAACCAUCUGUUUACACAAGCAAUCCAUCAGAUUACCCAAGCAAUCCAUCAGUUUACCCAAGCAACCCAUCGGUUUACCCUAGCAACCCAUCAGUUUACCCAAGCAACCCUUCAGUUUACCCAAGUAAACCAUCAGUUUACCCAAGCAACCCAUCAGUUUACCCAAGCAACCCAUCAGUUUACCCAAGCAGCCCAUCAGUUUACCCAAGCAAACCAUCAGUUUACCCUAGCAGCCCAUCAGUUUACCCAAACAGCCCAUCUGUUUACCCAAGCAACCCAUCAGUUUACCCAAGCAAACCAUCAGUUUACCCAAGCAACCCAUCAGUUUACCCAAGCAACCCAUCAGUUUACCCAAACAACCCAUCAGUUAACCCAAGCAGCCCAUCUGUUUACCCCAGUAAACCAUCUGUUUACCCAACAAGCCCAUCAGUUUAUCCAAGUAACCCAUCAGUUUACCCAAGCAGCCCAUCAGUUUACCCAAGCAACCCAUCAGUUUACCCAAGCAAACCAUCAAGCUAUGAUAAAGAACCUCGAAUUGAUUACGCUAAUAGAAACCCAAGUUAUUUAAAGUCGUUAUCAAAUUAUGUUGAAGAGGAUGAAAGUACUACUAAAUCGACUUUAGUGUAUCCAAGCAACCCAUCAGUUUACCCAAGCAAACCAUCUGUUUACCCAAACAGCCCAUCAGUUUACCCAAGCAACCCAUCAGUUUACCCAAGCAAUCCAUCAGUUUACCCAAGCAACCCAUCUGUUUACCCAAGCAAACCAUCAGUUUACCCAAGCAACCCAUCGGUUUACCCAAGCAACCCAUCAGUUUACCCAAGCAACCCAUCAGUUUACCCUAGUAACCCAUCAGUUUACCCAAGCAACCCUUCAGUUUACCCUAGCAGUCCAUCAGUUUACCCAAGCAACCCAUCGGUUUACCCUAGCAACCCAUCAGUUUACCCAAGCAACCCUUCAGUUUACCCUAGUAAACCUUCAGUUUAUCCAAGCAACCCUUCAGUUUACCCAAGCAAACCAUCAGUUUACCCAAGCAACCCAUCAGUUUACCCAAGCAACCCAUCAGUUUACCCAAGCAACCCAUCAGUUUACCCAAGCAACCCAUCAGUUUACCCAAGCAACCCCUUCAGUUUACCCAAGCAAACCAUCAGUUUACCCAAGCAACCCAUCAGUUUACCCAAGCAACCCAUCAGUUUACCCAAGCAACCCAUCAGUUUACCCAAGCAACCCAUCAGUUUACCCAAGCAACCCAUCAGUUUACCCAAGCAGCCCAUCAGUUUACCCAAGCAACCCAUCAGUUUACCCAAGCAGCCCAUCAGUUUACCCAAGCAACCCAUCAGUUUACCCAAGCAACCCAUCAGUUUACCCAAGCAACCCAUCAGUUUACCCAAGCAGCCCAUCUGUUUACCCAAGUAAACCAUCUGUUUACCCAAGCAGCCCAUCUGUUUACUCUAGCAACCCAUCAGUUUACCCUAGCAACCCAUCAGUUUACCCAAGCAACCCAUCAGUUUACCCAAGCAACCCAUCAGUUUACCCAAGCAACCCAUCAGUUUACCCAAGCAUCCCAUCAGUUUACCCAAGCAACCCUUCAGUUUACCCAAGCAGCCCAUCUGUUUACCCAAGUAACCCAUCUGUUUACCCAACCAGCCCAUCAGUUUAUCCAAAUAACCCAUCAGUUUACCCAAGCAAUCCAUCAGUUUACCCCAACAAAGCAUCAGUUUACCCAAGCAGCCCAUCCACAUACCCUAAUAAUCAAUCAAGUUACCCAAGCAAACCCUCAGGUUAUUCCUCUGAGAAACCAAGUUAUCAAGUGACGCAGCCUGCAUAUCCAGUCCGACCAGUCUAUUAAAAGCAGAAACUUUAUGCAAAAUAAUGUAUGUGAGUAUUGCAAAUUGUUUUAGUUUUAAGUCUGUUAUUGUUCAGAAUGCUCAGUUCACACGAUCAAAUUUUCGUCAAAUUUUCGUUUACCCAAUUUGUCGUCAAAAUUUCAUUUUGUAAUGCUCUAUGUUGUGACACAAAAUAGUGCGUUCAAAAAGAAAUGUUGACGAAAAUUUAGACAGAAAUUAAAUAGGGACAUUUAAACUGAGAAACAGGUUUGCUUAAUUUGAAAUAAAUAAUAAUAAUAACUACCUAUAUAUAGAGAGAGAACUUCGCCUUGUGAUGGUAGACAUGCUGCGCUUCCCGAUAAUUGGGUAGAAAUAGUAAAAAAUUGUGAUGAUAAUCAUUUCAAUUCGUGGGUCAAAUUUUACUUUGAAACACAUGGGGAAAAAAACGUUUUACUUACAAUUAUAAUAAGUGGUUUAACUGAAUUUAUUUGAAAAUCAAAUUAUGAUGGACGAUUAAACAAAACAAAAAUUGCUGAACACACCAAGUUAUUCAAGAGCAUCCUCAUUCUCAAUCAUUAACCUAAUGCUAAUGUGUAAAUUUUGUCCACAGCUCGGCGAAGCAAGGCCGGGGCAGAUCAGCGAAGCAAGGCCACAACACCAGAGCGAAGGAAGUCAUUGUUUGGCG